GGAGGGGCACAGGCGGAUGGUCAGGCUAUAAGAGAUGCCGUGCUUGGGACCAGCCCUGCUCCAGCCUGAGGGGAUCUCACUACUUUGUCAAGAUGAGCAAGACCUCCCAGAUCCAGGAACCGCUCUCUGAGCUGGAGAAGGCCAUGGAUGUCAUCAUUGAUGUCUUCCACCAGUACUCAAGGCGGGAAGGGGACAGAGACACCCUGACCAAGAAGGAGCUGAAGCUCCUGAUUGAGAAGCAGCUUGUGAACUAUCUCAAGCAUGUGAAAAACAAGGCCACCAUUGAUGAAAUCAUGAAGGACCUUGACAUCAACAAGGAUGCACAGAUCAGCUUCUGCGAGGUGAUGUUGCUGAUUGUCCGUGUUACCAUUGCCACUCACGAACACCUCCAUGAUGUUGAGGACCAGCAGCAGCAACACAAACACCAGCACCAACACCACCACUGAGGUGGGCUGUGGUCCCAGGCCAAAGGCACCCAUGCAGUGCUUGCAGCCCCUGGCUUUCUCCUCUCCAUCCCUCUCCACCCACCUCCCUCUUUUCCUUCCUUCAAGUUUGAUGGUUUUGCUGCCAAAUAAAGAUUUGCCCUGAGGCUGUCAAAACUC